AAUGAAUGAAUGUUUUGUCAGAUUGAAUGGGAAUGGAAGAAAACCCAUUUAAUUCAAUUCAAUUCAAUUGGACCAGCUGCUGUAUCGUUUCCCUAUUUUAAUUCUUUGAUUCUUCUGCUCUUUAUUAAUGCGCCUGCGGUGGCUGUGGCUGUGGCUGUGGCUGUGGUGCCAAUAUUCGCCUGCUCACGGUGGUGGCAAGGUGGUUGGUGGAGGAAUAAAUGCGAAUGCCCAGACAGACAGAUAGAGAGGGAGAGAGAGAGAGAGAGAGAGUUUUUCUUUUUGUUUGUGAAUGGAGAAAGCAGUCGAUGAAAGAGAGUGGUGACACCGGAGCACGUGGUGGCAACUGGAGACAGAGAGAGAGAGAGAGAGAGAGAGAUAAACAAAGAAAGAACGACAGAAAGAAAGAGCAGUCAAUAAAUUUUCUCGAUCAGUUUUUUUCUUUUUCCAGCAAAAUUUCAUCGCUCGACAGCUCAUUCCCCCAACCCCCCCUGUCUCUCUCUCUCUCUCUCUCUCUCUCUCUCCCCCUUCUGAGCCUCCUUCUUGGACCUUGCUUCCAAUCUUCGAACUAUGGAACACUGAUUUUGAGGUUACUUCUCCUGCUCCCUAACAACAUUGAAUUGGUUGUCUGAUUUUCCCCCAAUUUCAACUACUCCAAACAGUGAAAUAUGAUGCUCUUUCGCCGAGAUCAAGCUCGUUUCGCUCAUGAUUCGAACCCCAUUUAGGCCGAAGCAAAGAUCCCCAAUCGAGCAUGCAUAAUGCUGGAUUGGGAGAAUGAAUAGGCCUCCACAUUACCUCCCUCUUUUCCUGUUCUUUGUGGUCAGUUUUCUCCGAUUCUCGGCAGUUUCUCCGGCGACCGAGAAGGAGAUCCUGCUGCAGUUCAAGGGCAACAUUUCCGGCGAUCCAUACGGCAGCUUGAGCUCCUGGGAUUCAAGCAGAGACCCUUGUCAGGAUUUCCAGGGCGUGUUCUGCAACUCCGAUGGAAAUGUGGCAAAGAUUGUGCUCUGGAACACAAGCCUGGAGGGCGUCUUGUCGGCUGCCUUGUCGGGGCUGAAAUCUCUACGGAUUCUCUCCCUCUUCGGCAACCGGUUCUCCGGCAACAUCCCGGUGGAAUACGGAGAGAUUGAGACGUUGUGGAAGAUCAAUUUGAGCUCGAACGCUUUGUCCGGGAAAAUCCCCGAUUUCCUCGGCGAUUUGGCCAACAUUCGGUUUCUCGAUUUGUCGAGAAAUGGGUAUGACGGAGAGAUUCCGUUGGCUUUGUUCAAGAAUUGCGGCAAAACCAAGUUCAUUUCUCUUUCGCAUAACAGUCUCUCGGGUCCAAUCCCUGUUUCAGUUGCAAAUUGCUCGAAUCUUCUCGGCAUUGACUUGUCUUUCAACAAUCUCAGUGGGGAAUUUCCUUCACAAUUUUGUGGCAUUUCAAGGUUACAGUACCUGUCCUUGAGGAGGAAUAUGCUAAGCGGGAGUGUUCAAGAGCAGCUUUCAGUGUGCGAAAGCUUAGAGCAUUUGGAUCUUGGGAGCAAUUUGUUUAUUGGGUUGGCUCCAUUUGGGGUUCUUGGGUUGAGAAAUCUUUCAUAUUUCAACAUUUCUCAUAAUGGAUUUGAAGGGCAGAUUCCAGAGACUGAAAAUUGCAGUGAGAGAUUGGAAAUUUUGGAUGCUUCUGGGAAUCAGUUGGAUGGGGAGAUCCCAUUGAGCAUCAGAAAUUGCAGUGCCCUUAGGUUAUUUGACUUGGGAUUAAACAGGCUAAAUGGCAGUAUUCCAUCAGGGUUUGGGAGCAUUGAGUAUCUUCAGGUUCUUGAUUUGCAUAAUCUUAACCUCAUUAGCUCCUUUCCUGAAGAUAUUAGCAACUGCAAGUUUCUUCUUAAGCUGGAUCUUUCUGGUAAUGCUUUACAGGGGGAAAUACCAGAAACGCUAUCCAACAUGUCAUACCUUGCAAUUCUUGAUUUACAUCGAAAUCAGCUGACCGGGAGCAUUCCCUCAAGUCUUGGAAAUUUGUCAAAACUCCAAGUUCUUGAUCUAUCAGAAAAUUCCUUAUCUGGGUCAAUCCCCGUUUCAUUCGAAAAUUUGACGGUGUUGACUCAUUUUAAUCUCUCAAACAACAACCUCUCGGGCACUAUUCCUUCCAGUAUCCAGCAGUUCGGUUAUUUUGCAUUUUUUCACAACCCGGGGCUCUGUGGUGCUCCUCUGGAUCCCUGCUCGGGCAAUGGCACUGCUACUUCAGGAAAAGGAAAACCCAAGUUUAGAGGUCCAGCAAUUGUUGCCAUUGUUGCUGCGGCAGUGAUUCUUAUUGGGGUUUGCACUGUAACCAUUGUUAAUAUGAAGGUUCGCAAGAGGAGAAGGGUUGAUGAAACGAUGGUUGGAGAGAGCACUCCACUAGCCUCAACGGAUUCAAAUGUGAUCAUUGGAAAGCUGGUCCUCUUUAGCCAAACUCUCCCCUCCAAGUACGAAGAUUGGGAAGCUGGCACCAAAGCUUUACUCGACAAGGAGUGUGUGAUUGGGGUUGGCUCGAUUGGAACAGUCUACAGAGCUAACUUUGAAGGCGGAAUUUCCAUUGCAGUGAAGAAGCUUGGCACUCUUGGAAGAAUAAGAAACCAGGAUGAGUUUGAGCAGGAAAUUGCAAGGUUAGGAAACCUCCAACACCCAAAUCUUGCAGCUGUUCAAGGUUACUACUGGUCCUCUAGUAUGCAGCUAAUUCUAUCUGAAUUUGUUCCAAAUGGGAAUCUGUUUAAUAAUUUACAUGGACUUGAUUAUCCUGGCACCAGCACAGGAGUUGGCAAUAGUGCAUUGAAUUGGUCUAGGAGGUUCCGAAUUGCGCUAGGGACAGCUAGAGCACUCGCCUAUCUUCACCAUGACUGUAAACCCCAAGUGCUUCAUCUCAACAUCAAGUCCACCAACAUUCUUCUGGAUGAAAAUUAUGAGGCCAAGUUAACUGAUUAUGGGUUAGGGAAGCUGCUUCCCUUGCUGGAUAAUUAUGGUUUAACCAAAUUCCACAAUGCAGUUGGAUAUGUUGCCCCGGAAUUGGCUCAAGGUUUGAGACUGAGUGACAAAUGCGAUGUUUAUAGCUUCGGGGUGAUCCUGCUGGAGCUGGUUACGGGAAGGAAGCCGGUUGAGAGCCCGUCAGCAAACGAGGUAGUGAUCUUGUGUGAAUAUGUUAGGGAGCUGAUACAGAGUGGCAAUGGUUCCGACUGUUUUGAUAGAAGCCUGCGGGGUUUUGUAGAGAAUGAGUUAAUUCAGGUCAUGAAGUUGGGUCUGAUCUGCACUUCCGAGAUGCCUUCAAGGAGACCAAACAUGGCUGAGGUAUUUCAGAUUCUUGAGUCCAUUAGAUCUGGAGUGGAAUAAAUACUCAUUAGGGUGAAUAAAGAAGAUUGGGUGGUCACCCGCCGUAUGUUUCCCGGGUUUAAGGCUGGGGGACUGAUGGUGCUGCUUCGGACCGCUCCUAGCAGCGGUUUUUUCUGGAUCUCGUUAGGUUAAGAGACAGUACAUUGUGUUCUUGGUCACUCGGGUUGCUCCUUUUGGGUAGCACAAAAAGAAAGAAUAAAGAAGCUUGUUGGGCUGCUGCAGAGUGGAAUCAACUAGUCCUGUACAGAAGGAUAAGAAUGUAGUCUGGCCGCAAAAGGGACUUGGAUUAGAGGUGGAAAGAGUAGGAGACAGCAAAAGAACACCAGAAAUAUUCUUUUGUAUUCAUUUUGAGAUUAAUUCCAUUAUUCCUUGUAAUUUCCGAAACAAAAUCAUUUGUUCUGUAUUUCUUUUUACAUAAAUAUUAAAUCAAACAUUUUCCAGU